ACGGCGCCCCCUAGCGCUCAGCCACUUGUCGGGAAACUUGAGCGCGCACGGAAUAUCCAGUCACACUGAAAUGCUGUCCAGCUGCUGGUGCUGGUGCAGACUGCUCGGAUAUAAUGAACAGGAUGGGAAAGCUCUAUAUACACAGCCGUUCCGCCUCAUUGGUGCAGUUUUAUUCUUCAUGCUGAGCUAUGACUGCAGGAUUGUUACCGGAUAUGGGACUACAUUGUAGAGACACUGUGGCAUUAAUACUCGUCAGUUAGUGUUUUUUGUUUCUGGUCAUAUUGAGCUGUUUAUCCUGUGGAAGUGGCUCCAACAGAGUUUAUUAAUCUCAAGUAUGGAUCAACUAUAAUGCGCAAUCAUGUAGAGGUUGUCAUUAUGCAGUGCUAUUGCCUCUAACCCAGAUGGUAAAGUACUGUUCGGUUGAACAACUUUCAUUACGGUGAGAAGAUCGGUGUGGUUCUUAUUCUCGGAGAAAACUGUUUCCUGCUCAUCUGCUGAUUUUUUUCCACGAGCGGUUUUGAAGACAUGGCUCGUCUACGGAGAAGAUCUUGCAUGCUUCUUUUUCUCCUCGCCCUCUUCGUGCUUGGUACUCUGAUUGGAUUGAGGGGUCUGAAGCCGAGUGAUGAAUUUUCGGAUCUGGACGUUUUGCCCAUCAAAGAGGAGAAAGUUGACAGGCGCGGUGUUUUCAGUGAGGUCCUGUCAUCAGCCGGUCAGAAACGCAUUGUAGCAAGUAAUGCAAAACCAUCCGGCUCAGACCCCAGUGCUUACAGAGGAGUGUCCUACAAUGUCCAUAUAUUUUACUACACCUGGUACGGAAACCCGCAGACCGAUGAGAGAUAUUUGCAUUGGGAUCACAUUCUGGUUCCUCACUGGGACCCAAAAAUCGCCGCCAGUUAUCCGAGAGGAAGGCAUGUCCCCCCUGAAGACAUCGGCUCGAGUUUUUAUCCCGAACUGGGGCCGUACAGCUCGAGAGAUCCGGAAGUGCUGGAAUCUCACAUGGAGCAAAUUAGCACGGCAGGGGCAGGUGUGGUGGUGCUGUCCUGGUAUCCUAUGGGUUUGGCUGAUGAUCACGGGGAGCCCUCUGAAGAUUUGGUACCAUCGCUCCUGGAUGCUGCACUUAGGCACAAUUUAAAGGUGGCGUUUCAUAUCCAGGCCUAUAAAGGAAGGACUGAUCAUAGCUUACAUAACAACAUCAAAUACAUCAUCGACAGGUAUGGAGAUCAUGGGGCAUUUUACCGCAUCAGCAUCAGGAAUGGGAAAGUGCUGCCUCUUUUUUAUAUCUAUGACUCCUACCUGACUCCUACUGAAGCUUGGGCAGAGUUGCUAACCUCCACAGGCUCUCACAGUCUGCGUGGAACCUCAUAUGACAGUGUCUUCAUUGCACUCAUUGUGGAUGAGAAACACAAGCAUGAUAUCCUUGCUGGAGGAUUUGAUGGGAUGUAUACGUAUUUUGCAUCCAACGGAUUCUCCUAUGGCUCCUCUCAUCAGAACUGGAAGGGCCUUAAGUCCUUUUGUGAUGGCAACAGCCUGCUCUUUGUGCCGAGUGUGGGCCCUGGAUAUAUUGACACCAGUAUACGGCCCUGGAACAACCACAAUACUCGCAACAGAGUGAACGGCAGAUAUUAUGAAACUGGUCUGCAAGCGGCACUGAACGUACAGCCUGAGAUCGUUUCCAUCACGUCCUUCAACGAGUGGCAUGAGGGCACACAGAUUGAGAGAGCAGUACCUAAAAAGACAAUCAGGCGAGUAUACCUGGACUACCAGCCACACGAACCCGAGCUCUAUUUAGAACUAACCAGGACAUGGAUUGAUCAGUAUCGUAAAGAGAAAGAGCAAUGGCUUGUUUGACGUGGAGUUGUUUUUCAAGUCGGGAGCAGACCUGUUCUCUUUGUGUGCAUUUACAGGAGGCUGUAUAUAGGCAUGGUAUAUGGGAGACUUGAACUCGUUGUUUGGUUAAAAAAAAAAAAUCACUUACUCAUAUGUAUCUGCAACAGAUUAAAAAAAAAAAGCCAUUCUUCUGCUUGACUAGAAUGUCAAUGUCUUGAUUAAAAGAAUGGCAAAGUUUAAAAAAAAGUAUGUUACAGCUCAGAGAUCUUACAUCGUAAAUGAUAAAUAGUAUUUUCCCAGAAUGUUGCAUAUAUUAACACUGCACAUCCUAAACAUGGCUUAUAUAAAAAUAUUCUUCCAGCAACUCCUUGUUCUUUCAUUUAAAUGUGUUAUUUAAUAAAUAUCUUGCUCUGCAUUAAAAACACUGGAGUAUCAUAGGGUCAUCCGGACUUAUUUUGCCAACUGAACAACAUUUGUGAGCCACGAAAACCAUUAGAGGGGAAAAAAGAAAAAAAAAAAACACAUUAGGAAAGAACUAAAGAUAUUUAGGCGACAGCACCUCUUUCUCAAACCUCACAUUUAUUUUGAAUACUUUGUUGGAUCUACCAAUAAAGCCCCCCCCAUACACUUUCUCUCCAUAGCUUUCUGCUUGUGGGAAGACUGGACUGAAACAAUAACAAUUAAGGUCUCUGAGUGUCCCAUUGUGCAUUGAGUAAAAAAAAAGAAAAAAAGACUGCUGACACAGAGAAAACUGGAGUGGCCCUAUGGGAAAUUCCCAAAGUACCCGUUAUAUACAGCCCUGACUAAAUUGGUGUUUUCUUAAGAAUAUUAUAGCUAGAUAUCUUUUUGUCUGAACUGAUCCCACCAUGCAAGCCAGAAAAUAAACACUCAAAAACAA